AUGUAUCCAGGCAUGAGCUAUAACCAGCCCACCGACGCUCUGGACGAAAGCUAUCGUCUCUUCUUGAUUCCUGGUGCAGCACACUGCGCACUGAAUGAUUUUCAACCCGAUGGACCUUGGCCACAGACUACCCUACAGACUUUGAUCCAGUGGGUGGAAGAGGGUACUGCCCCAGACACCUUGAACGGAACGGGCGCCAUCGAUACUAUCUGUCGCUACCCACUGCGGCCCUUGUGGUCCGUAAAUGGGUCUAGUUUCGAACAUAUUUUUAGCCAGGAGAGUAGUGAUAGUUUUACAUACACGCUCCAUGCCUUUGCUGUGUCGGUGUACUAG